AUGGCUCAAAAUAUGAACGAGCGAAUGCUUUCUGACGAUUUAAUCGCUUCCGAGCAAGAAAAGAAAGCCUUUGUGAUUGAGAGAAAACCAAUCAACGGACAGCAGCGACCCAAAGUCACCACACCCAAGCCGGUCAAUGGACAACAGUCACUUAAAAGUCCAACACCAACUGAAGAAGCACCCAAAAUUCCUGUUAGCGACAGCCGCUGGGUUGCAUUGAGACGAUGUCUCCUUGUGCUGGCCCCAAUACCCAUAACUGCCGCUCUAAUCACCUUCCAAUUUGUCCAUGUCAUCUAUAUAUCUGCAGGAGAUCGGUAUAUCAGCGAAGUGCAAAACGCGUUGCAGUUAGCCGCAGGGGCUUACGGUACUCUCAUUGUGGCUUCGGUGACUGCAAUAGCGCUACACAGAAUUCGAUAUGAGCUUGCAGAACGGGAUGGAGUUGCACUUGGAUAUCUGCUUGCCGGAUAUCAGCUAAAUCAUUUGACGACACUGCUUUCCAAAGAGUUUUGGACGGGUUCUUAUGCUAGAAAUCGUGGAAGCACCCGUCUACAUCAUCUUUCUCUUGUUGGUUUGGUUGGCCUCUGCAUGUUCUUGGCGCACUAUGGUCAAUCUAUGGGAGCCAUGUUAUUCGUACCAAAGCCCGGUUGGCAGGCGAUCUCUUUGAAACAAAAAGACCUCAUGUUAAUUAACGAAUCCUGCCCAGCAGGAGGGUACUCGACGAUCCUCGAAACAUUACCGAACUGGAACGCAGAGUAUCUAGGACUGUGGAAUCUCACCUUCUUUAAUGACGAUGUGGGCAGAGACGUGGUAUCAGUCCCUCUGAACAUUACCCAAUUGGACUCUGCCAUCACCUCAUCGCCGCAACACGUCUUCGCGCGAUCCCUUGCGAACUACUUCCAAUGGCUACAUGAAUGGAAAUUGACGCUGAUUGGCAUAAACAAGACCCCUUUGCUUAUGCCUUUGGUUCAAGUUCAAUGUGCGCCGAUGCCCGCGAACAGCUCCACGAUUGACUUUCCGUUCAGCAGCUUACUCUAUGCGCCGCUCUUUUAUUUGCCAAACACUACGAACUGGACUUUGAACGCCUCGGAAUUUCCACCAAACUUAGGAAAGCCAAUUCAGUUUUCAUGGGCAAAUUUAUCCGGAAUCAAUCCUGGUCCUUCAUUGGGUGCAGUCAUUAGAUUGUCCCAAUUGCCAAGCAAUCUAACAAACUCGACCGUCACCUACAGCUCGACAACAGUGCAGCUUUCCAAUGAGACGAUAUUCGCAUGCACAAUAGACGCAAGGUGGGCCCCCGUUAAGUUGUACUUCCAACCUUUUGUCGAUGGAACUGUUCACCCCGACAACGUUUACCCUGAUAUUCGAACUCCAAAUAUUUCACAGAUACAAAUCGAUCCCACCUGGGCUGAAUCACUGAAUCUCCCCAUUCCAGGCACAGAUCUGACGGCUAUGGAAACACUUAUCCAAUCCAUUGUCGCUAAAGACUUAGAGGAUCCACACAACCAUGACUCUGCAUUAUUCUUACCAGAACUCGCAGUUUCACUUGGGCUAACGAUCACGGAUGGUUUGGCGAGGAUAGGUUGGCAGGAGCGCUUUGCAUUUACUUCGAAGCAAGGGACAGAUACUUUCAUGCUUACUACUAUAUCAGACGAGGGAAAAUUCCUGAAUACUGUACCAUAUUCUCCUGAUCAGACUAGAAAUUGGCUGCACUUGGAAUGGACGGAGGAGCAUUAUGGGUACGGGUACUCUGCCACGACGAUCACAGCCAAGGUUGCGAUCGCCGUACUUCUCCUUCAUUCAGCUCUUGCUAUCGGCCAUACUAUCGUAGUGUGCUUCCCCAAGAAAGUCUGGACUUGUGAUAGUUGGGGGACCAUUGGUGGUCUGGUUGUUCUUGCGAUGAACUCGCGGCCGAAUGAGAGGUUGAUGAAUAUGAGUGCGGGUAUCAAAUUAAAACGAUCAUGGCAGGAAAUUGUGAAAAUAAGAGAGGUUGGUGAGGAGAACUUGGAAUUGCUUGUUGCGGGGGAAAGUGAUAGCGAGAAAGGGGUCGAGAAGGAGGAUGAGAAGUUGAAACCUGGUAAAGUUUAUGGAACUGAUUUGGGUAAGUCAUACUGA